AUGCCUAGCCCUAGCGAAGCGCCUAUCGACCCAUUGGUGGUCACAGCCAUCAAGAAUGCCGCCUUAAAGCCCUUCAACAACAAAAAGUGGAUCAGUGGAAGACUUGGGGGCUUGAAGACACGUACCACAACUGAGCAUGUUGUUCAGGUCUUUGGCUAUUCAGGCAACUUCCUUGGCUCCAUCCAGCUUGCAGGCCUGAGGAGAUCAUCAAGGGGAAAGAUUCGACAGCCCUUUGUAUAUCUUCAUCUGAAGAUUGAUACUGUGACCUAUCACUGGGUCCUGAGUCGCCAGAGUGAAGAAGGCCGUGUGCUUUGGUGGUCAGACUCGCAAUUGGAGGAUGCCUGGGACGCCGACUUCCAAGAGAUCUUGCGCCAGGCAGUAAAGUCCUGCUAUGAGCACAACCUGGUGCCACAGAUAGAGGACGGCUGGAAAAUGAUUGUGGAAAAUGGCCGUAAGCCCAACUUGCCAUUUACAGUGGCCUUGUGCACUGCAACCAUGAAUCGUUUGUGGCAGCUCAAGAAUGCUCUCCCUCUGACGCUUGUCCACGCAUAUCCAUUCAAAGACAGUUGCCGCGUCCACGUGGUGGACAUGGGAAGCACCGAUGGGACGCUGGAAUGGCUACUGCGAUACUGUAGAUGGGCCAUUGAAAUUGGUUUGCUUCGUGUCUACCGAGCAGAAGAAAAAGCUUGGCAUGCCUGCAUUGGGAAAAACACUGCUCACAUCCAGGCAAAAGAGGACAUCCUCGUGAACGUUGAUGGGGAUAACCUCAUCGGUGCAGGAUUUCUCGAGGACGUUUGCAAACGUUUUCAAGAUGGCUGUGCAGUGGCGCAGUACGAAUUGGGUGGUGGCACCUGCGGUCGAAUUGCUCUGAGAAGAGAGGUAUUCAUUGAGAUUGGUGGCUACGAUGAGGAUGCAUUUCCCAUGGGUGCUCAAGACACAGACCUUGUCUUGCGUGUGAAGAUGUUGGGCAAAGGUCACCACAAGAAAGUGAAGGAGCCUUCACUUUCUCAAGCAAUCCUGAAUAGUCAGGAGCAGAAGAUAGAAAACUGCGUUUUGCAAGAUGGGAUCCAAAAAUGGAGUCAAAUGAACGCAAAAAACUCUGCCAUUUUCAAUGAACGCCGCUCAAAGGGAGAAAUCCAUCGCAACCAGGGGCAAGGUUGGAUUGGAGUGCCCGUGAAGCAGUGGAUGUUUGGAUCUGACGGUGAAUUGAAGACCGUUGACAAACGGGAGAAGAACAUCAGAGUCAAAAGGCUGCCUGUCGCUUCUCUCGCCGAUGGGGCUUCAAACACUGUCGUGACGAUUGAGGGCGCCUGGCAGAGGUCCGGGUGCGCAAUCGCAGGAGUUCAUGUCCCGGGUUCGCGACGGAGCGCUGUGCCGGAGCCCACCGGAGAGUUCUUCACUGCGGAGUUCAAAACUUUCAACGAAGCCAAUGGUUGGGGCUUCGUCGGAUGUGAAGAGCUUCGUGCCAGAUUUGGCGCUGACGUCUUCGCGCACAAUCGCGAGCUGGUCAAUGUACCCAACAAGGCAGUGGGAGAGGUCAUCUAUUUCGAGCUGGGCAUGACAGAGGACGGCAAACCACAAGUGCUCAAUGCCCAGCCAGCUGGACCUGUAAGCUCAGAGCCUGCGGCCAAGAAGCCACGCCUCGAAGAGACACCUGCGGCUUCCACCGAGUCUGCGGAGGUUGCAGCUGCGGAAGAGGAGACGCUGCCUCCAGUGGUGGAGGAGACCGUGCCUGUGGAGGUGGAGGUAGCUAUGACCGAUGCAGGUGCGACAGUUCCUGCGGCCGAAGGCGAGCCACCAGGCGCAAGCUGA